GUUAUUUCCUAGCAGACGAACUAGCACGAAUCGACAACGAGUGCAGUUGUCUUGUUCUUGACAAAUCAAACAAGUUUCCAAUUUUUCUAUUUUUUAAUUCAAAUUUUGACUACUUUUUUGGGAUAGUGUGAAUCAUGAUUUAUUAAAUUCUUGUCGAUUCAAAUUGUUUUCAUUGUGGGAAAUUGAGCUGCCGUCGUAGAGUUCCGCACACUUUCGGGCAAACACUUUGACAUGAGAAUGACUGACUCCUCGUCACAGAAUAAUAAUGACGGUGCUAACGGUUCGCACGGCAAACGUCCUGCUCAGAAUAGUGGGAAUUCGGGAGCUUCCUUCCCCAAAAUAGUUAAGUUUAAUGGUAAUGCCCACAGACCUCCAGGCAGGGAUUCAAACUCUCCCAAUAAACGACCUAUGCCAGCACACUACUCUAGAGAGGACUUGCUGGCCCAACGGCAGGCCUUACCAAUCUACCCAGUUCGCCAAAAGUUACUUGAAGAACUGAGGAAACAUCAAACUUUAAUCGUUAUUGGAGAAACUGGAAGCGGGAAAACAACACAGAUUCCCCAGUACAUCUUCACUCAUGCAAUGACUGAGAAUGGAACUAUUGCAGUCACUCAGCCAAGAAGAGUUGCUGCCAUAACUCUUGCCACCAGGGUAGCGCAAGAGAUGGGUGCUCAGCUUGGCACAACAGUUGGAUACACUGUACGCUUUGAAGACAUGUCCAACUUCAAAACCAAAAUCAAAUUCUUGACAGAUGGUAUGUUACUCAGAGAGGCCAUGCUGGAUCCACUCCUGAAGAGAUAUAGCGUCAUCAUUCUUGAUGAGGCUCACGAAAGGACCAUUCACACAGAUGUGUUGUUCAGCGUUGUCAAAACUGCCCAGAAACGACGUGCAGAACAAGGAAACAAUAAGUUGAAAAUUGUGAUCAUGUCUGCCACUAUGGAUGUUGACCAUUUCAGCCAUUAUUUCAAUAAAGCUUCCGUAGUGUACCUGGAAGGUCGACAGUUUCCUAUCCAAGUCUUUCACGCCAAGCAAACUCAAGAAGACUAUCUUUUUAGCUCAUUGGUGACUCUCUUUCAAAUUCAUAAAGAUGCACCAGCUGAUCAUCACAUUCUAAUCUUCUUGACCGGCCAAGAAGAGAUUGAAGCUUUCGCCAAAAGUGCUCGUACGAUAGCCAAGGACCUGCAAGGCAAAUAUCCAAAUUUAAAAGUUUGCCCACUGUUUGCAAACUUACCGCAAAAUCAGCAGAUGGAGGCGUUCAAUAACCCACCGCCAAACACAAGAAAAGUGGUGCUCAGUACAAAUAUUGCUGAAACUUCUGUCACGAUUGAUGGUAUACGUUACGUUAUCGACUGCGGUCGCGUCAAAGCCAGAACUCACAUGCCCGCUACUGGAAUGGAUAUUCUUAGAAUACAAAAAAUCGCCCAGGCUCAGGCUUGGCAACGGGCUGGUCGAGCUGGUCGACAAGCAGCCGGAUUCUGCUAUCGUGCCUAUACAUUGAAUGAUUUUGAGAAAAUGGCGCCAAAUCCAAUACCUGAAAUUCAACGUUGCAGUUUGACUACUGUUGUGCUUCAACUUCUGGCCUUGGGCGUGCAAGAUCCGCUGAAUUUUGAUUUCAUGGAUAAACCGCCAACUGAGCUUAUCGAAGGAGCCAUGCGGGAACUUCACUUACUGGGCGGGAUUCAAUCGACAGAGAAACCUGUUUUAACCGAAGUGGGCCAACAGAUGGCAGCUUUCCCACUUGAUCCACGCUUCACCAAACUGAUAUUGGCAUCGAAAGAGCUCGGAUGCACGGAGGAAAUUGUGAGCAUCGUCGCGCUGUUGUCGGCCGAUUCGAUCAUGAUCAACGCCACUGCCCAACGGGAACAGGCCAACAACGUCCGUGCUAAAUUCGCUUCCUCGGAGGGCGACCAUAUGACUCUGUUGAACAUUUUCCGCGCUUUCAGAACAGCUAAACAGAACCGAAAUUGGUGUUUUGAGAACUUCGUCAAUUACCGGAACUUGCUGUACGCCGUCGAAGUCCGGAAACAGUUGGCUGAGUUGUGCGAGCGGAUGAACAUCCCGAUGAAAUCGUGCAAUCCACAGACGGAACCGGUCCGCCGAUGCCUUUUAUCCGGUCUCUUUCUCUCGGUCGCCGAGUACCAACGCGAAGGACACUAUCUCACUCUUGGAUCUCGUCAAACGGUGGCUAUCCAUCCGUCGUCUGUUCUUUUCCACUCGAAACCGUCUUGCAUCGUCUUCACCGAGCUCGUUCAAACUGGCAAACGUUACGUCCGUCAAGUGACGCUUAUCGAUCAAGACUGGAUAGAGGAAUUACCCAAAGACACAGUUUUACAGCUGCGCCAAACGUUUCGAGGGACUGUCAGCGGACCGCAUCGCAAAUGAUAGCCAGAGUUCUUGUUAUUUUGUUCAACCACAUCGGGAAUACCAAUACAUCCAUUAACGAAAAUUA